UUCUAAAUUUUUGCAUUUAAAAUUCCCCCUUUUUUGGCUGGUGCGGAAAAUCGACGACACGGCACCACUUCACCCUUCCAAGUUCGAAAGAAUGGCGAACGACAAGAACUAUCACCAUGAUAUCAUCAGCCACCUUCCCGACUGUUUAAAGGAAUCCAUCUUAAUCUGUUUGCCUCUUCGAGACGCUGUUAGGACAAGUGCGCUUUCAAGAAAUUGGAGAUUUGCGUGGACUAGACUUCCACAUCUUAAACUUGACCGAACACUGUGGCCGGGAUCAUUUGCCAGAAAGGACUUGGCACUUUGCACAUAUCUUAGACGCAUCUUGAAUGUUCUAUUGUCUCACGAAGGUCCUAUCACCGAGCUCACAUUUUCAUGUCCUAGGUUGCAAGUUUGUCCUGAGAUUGACAAGAUACUUUUCAUGUUGUCAAAGCGUAAUGAUAUAGAGAAGCUCACACUUAAUAUUGGCUCUGACCAGUAUAAGUUACAUUCGUUGUUCUUUAGAUUUCAGAAAGUGAAACAUGUGAAACUUUAUUCCUGCUCCAUUCACCCACCUUCUGGGUUCAUCGGAUUUACCCAGCUUCUCACUCUUACAAUGUGGGGGGUAGCCAUUGGCUCAGAACAGCUUGUAGGUCUUGUUGCUCGUUGCCCCUUACUUGAAAAAUUGAAGCUAAAAAUCUCUCAUGCAUAUGAAACCCUUGAGAUUCAGGCUCCUAAACUUAAGCGCUUUAUAUUUCAGAGCAGAAUAAAAUCUGUUUCUUUCAAGAAUUCUCUACUUCUUGAGGAAUUUGUAAUUGCCCACUACUCCCCACCUCAUGAUACGGAGCAAGAAGAAAGCCCGUCACUAGAGAAAUAUAUUUUUUUUGAGCUAAUAAGUUCUCUGCCACAGCUUCGAAGACUAUGUUUUGAUAGUUGCUUUAUGGAGUCUGUAACUGCAGGUGGAAUCCCAACAAGGCCUAGCUUUACCUUAGUCCACCUUAACAAGCUUGAACUUGAACAUUUCUGCUUAUACUCAUAUGCGGAGAUUUCAUGUUUACUUUGCUUAAUUAGGAUCUCACCAAACUUACGGCAAAUCACAAUGACUAUAUGGACAGAUGAUAGUGAAAGUGCAUUGGGAAAUCCUGCCUUCAAAUUGGUGGGUGCUGAAGAAUACAAUGACAUAAAACUGGAUCAGCUAAGGGUGGUGGACUUGGCAUGUUUUACCGGUUCAAGGAACCAAAUGGAACUUGUUAAGUUUCUACUAAUCAAAUCCCCCGGGCUCAAGAAAAUUGAACUUCUAACCGACGUUGACAUACUUUUGGAAAGAAGAUAUGCGAUACUGCAAGAGCUAACACAAUUCCAUCGUGCAUCCCCAACGGCAGAGAUUGUUUAUAGAUAAGGGAGCCAUUAACUCAAUUAAGCAUUGCUAAGCUCUUUCAGAUGUCACAAAAUGCCAAAUUGGUGCUUAUGUUGAGCCCUCCAUCAUUAUCAUUUCUUGAUGUUGUGUGUUUUAGGGAGGCAACAUUAUAAUAUGCUUAAGAUUGUCUUUGUGUUUGGCUGAACCAUUAAUGCACUCUUAAGUUUUUUAUAUUUGUACUUAUUGUAGUUUAUAACUUUAUAUUAUCUAUUUCUUCUUGCAAUCUAGAGUUUGUAGACUCAUGGGAAAAAGAAAAAGAGAUUGAAAAUAUUUAAAAAAAGAGAAGAAUAAUGAAAAUAAGAAAUGAGCCGAGACUCUGCCCCUCUUCGCCGGAGCUAUUUGGCCCCAAAUACAAAAUAAGGGCAGGGGAGUUUCAGGUUUUCUCCAUCCGCCGCCACCCCCGAAUCUCGAUCGUCUUCUCCGGCCGUCCAAGUGGAGUUACAGGUUUUCUAUCCAAACCUUAUUAAAUUAUGUCUCUGAUC